CGAAAACUGAAUAGAAACAAAGAAAACGAAAGAAACAGAAAGCGCCGAAAUCACCGGUGUGAGCAUUUUUCGAAGGAAAUUUAGUAAGAAAAUCGAUUAACCAGAAAAGCAGCGUUAAAAAUUUACGUGAAUCAAGCCCGCAAACUAAUAAAUAAAUAUUUAUGCAAUUGUGGAAAGUGUAAACAAUUCAGUGGAUGCGGAGGCAACUAAAAAAGACGCAAUAGGAGAAUGACUGGUCUUUUUUCUGCUGUCGUGGCUGAGUGUGGGCACGCGUCGUGUGUGUGUGGCGGCUAACAAUAGUAUACGCCUUGAUAGUACAGAAGCUUUUGCUUUAAAAGUUUAAACAAUACAAAUGCGCUCUGCGUUGCUUUUUUAUAAAAAAAUUAAUUCAAUCAAAAACCAUUUAGUGUCGAGCACGGUGAGUGGCUGUCGGUCGAGUCACAUUGAUUCCAAAGUGGUGGAUUAACAUAAACGGCGCGUGCAAGGACAACAACAAUAUGAAUAUCGACACAUUGCGAAACGAGUGGGACGAACUCACCAAAGAUUACGUUGAAUUGGAGGAUUGUAAUCGCAGAUAUAUUGAGUUACUGGAACAACUACACAGUCAUCAGCAAAAAUGUUUCAACGAGAUAAAACAUCAGCGUUAUCGGAUGAAUCAAAUUACGGCUUCACUAAAGCAAUGCAAAACAGCUCAUAACCCAGAAGAGAAGGCGAAAGUGGAAGACUUACAGAAAAACACACUGAAACGAAAAGCGCAGAUUCAUGAAAUCGAACAGUCAUUACCUGCUCAAUCGGGUCUGUACCUCAAGAUCAUACUUGGCGAUGUCAAUGUAUCAAUUUUGAACAGAAACGACAAAGUUCGCUACAAAGAUGACUACGAAAAGUUUAAAUUAAUACUCAACGUAAUUGGUCUGUUAAUGGCGUUUCUCAAUUUGAUAUUCAACUACAGGGCUCUGGAACUUGCCUACAUUUUUCUGCUAGUCUGGUAUUAUUGCACCCUCACUAUUCGUGAAUCUAUACUCAAAGUUAAUGGUUCGCGCAUUAAAGGCUGGUGGCGAGCGCAUCACUUCAUAUCAACGGUGGCGGCUGGUGUGUUGCUUGUGUGGCCGCAGGGCGAGCAUUGGCAGCUGUUCCGCACACAAUUCAUGUACUUCAAUGUCUAUAUCAACCUUGUGCAAUAUUUGCAAUUUGGCUACCAGAAGGGUUUGCUAUAUCGACUGAAGGCGCUCGGUGAACGUCACAACAUGGAUAUCACUAUUGAAGGUUUCCACUCGUGGAUGUGGCGUGGCCUGAGUUUCCUGCUACCAUUCCUAUUCGGGGGCUAUACAUUCCAAGCAUACAAUGCAUGGACGCUGUACAAGUUGACAACGAAUCCGCCAGGAGCGCCAUGGCAUGUGUCGGUAAUGUGCGCCCUCUUCCUCCUGCUCUUCAGCGGCAACAUUAUCACCACAUUGUUGGUCGUGCCCGAGAAGAUACGAGAACGUGCCAAGGAACGCUAUCGCCUACAGUCCAUGGGCACAUCAAUGAAAUUGCGCAAAAUGAUGAGAAGUAGCAUCAGUGAAACUGAUAUUUCCAGCCAACAACUGCUAGCCAAUAAUAAACUAGAAAACUCUGCCUCCAUCUAUGCCACCGACGCUACACCAGAAACAACAACGGCUUUGACAACAAAAAUAGAGUCAAUUACCGGUAAUGCAAACCCACCAGCAGAUGGCGAUGUUAUACAAAACAAACUAAAUGAAGAAGAAGGAGAGCAGCAAGAGCAAGCGGAGACAGAACCAAAGGAUAAGAAGACAAAUUAAAUGGGCAGUGGGAUAUAUAAUAUUAUCGCAGGGAGAUGGCAAAAGAGUAGGAAGGUAUGAAGAGAGUUGCUGUUUUACAGUUACUCUUGAACUGAUAUUUAAAAAAAAUGUUUCAGUCACAAAUAAAACAAAAACAAAAAAGAAAACUCAAGAUGAAAGAGUGAAAAAGUUAAGGGAAAGAAUGUGUUGUGAAGGUAGGUAGAAAUGCGAAAGUGUUUAGAAACUUUAAAAUGAAAGCCAAGAACAUUAAUGGAGAUAGAAACAAAUACUGCUGAGUAAAAUAAUAAAUUGCGAUAAUGGCAUGUGACUAUAUGGAAGUAAGGAAUUCAUAUAAAAGCGCAGUGGAAAUAAAAAGUAAAUAAAAUUAUGCAUGGGCAUUAAUUCUAGAGUCCUAAAUAUAAAUAACGAACUUUUAAAAAUAUAAUGAAACUGCUUUUAUGUAAUGAAUUUUUAGCAAAUAUGAGUGUUUCUUUUUUUAAAUAUGAAAUGGUAGCACUAAUACUAUUAAUAGCUCGGAAGGAUUUUGGAAAAGGUAUUUAUUGAAAGCACUAAUAGGCGAAAUAGAGAGAGGAGGUAGUCAGCAUCGUAUCGGUUUGUUAUUUUCUACUUUAAUAUGAUAUAGUGAAUUCAAAUGAAAUGCGCCUAGCUGUAUAUUAAGUUUUUUUAGAUGGAUUCAUGUACGUACAUAUAAGUAAACACAAUAAUUUUUCUGUUCUGAAGUUACUCAGAUCGCAUUUAGUAAUGUUAACUCUGUAGGUAUGAAAAUAUCUGCUCACCUAGCACCCCGCGAACAAAAUACAGCGCGACCUACACGUAACUGUUUUUAUUUUUAUUUAUUUAUUUAUUUUUUAUAUAUUUUCUUAGAUAUAUACCUAAUUCAUAGUGUAACUGUAAAUAAGGCAAUUCAAAAAGAGCAGAAAAGUGCCAGUUUGCAAGAAAUUCAACAGAAAAGCGGAAGUCAAAUAAAGCUAUGUACAUACAUACCUACCUACCAUACAGAAAUACGUAUAUUUUUAGCAUUUACUUACAAUUGUAGUUACAUUCAUAUAUAUGUAUGUAUGUAUAUGUACCUACCAAUAUAAAAAACCAAAUGGAAUGUAAGAAAUUUGGAAAGUGAGAAACAGUAGCAAAAAUAAAAUUCUGUACAAUGCAUAAAGACAAAGAAACAAAAACAAACAAUGGCCAGAAAUAUGUAACCAAAAUAUAUUUUCCAUUUAAUUGUGUGCAUGUUUGUUUGUAUUAGUGUGCAGCGCAAGUGCACUGCGGCGCGGCUUUAAUUAAAUCAGUGCAACCAAUAUGCCAUAGUAAGAAAAAUGCAAUAUCAAUAUUACCCAAACUGAAUUCCAUAAAAGUGUAGUGAAAAUUAAAGUACAUACAUAUUUAUCGAAUUUUUCUUGGAAUUGAGCCAGCAAUAAUAAUAAUAAAAAAUAGUUCGUAGUGCAUACUGAAAUAUGCGAUAUGAUGCAAACUAACUUAGCUACAAAGAAUAUAUUGUAAACCAUUCGUGUAAACCAGUUAACCAAACUUUGUAAAACUUUUAAACAAUAAAUGAGGCAUUACAAUAGUGAAUAAACUGUACUAUUUAACUGUAAUAAAAAAGAAAUCUGAAUGAGUGUGCAAGAACA